AUGCCCUACAUAAAUGUAAGGCGAAGCUUCCAUAAUAGGUGCGACAUCGACCUUAAUUUGACAUUCGUCAGACCAUUCUCCAUGAGUUGUUAAGAAUGACCAUAUGUGAAUUUCUUCACUGGAUGGGAAUCCUCUCCUUUGAAGGAAGGAUCUGAUUUGCUGUUCAGCUAGUGAGAAUUUUCGAUUUUCGUGUGUUGUGGAUCAGUACAGGCAGGGUAAAACUCCUGGUAACUUUCUCUCCUCUCGUUACCUCGAUUUCCGAAUCUCAAUGAUGAUGGGUACCGGCCCCUUUUCUUGCAGAGCAAUCACAUGAGACUUGAUGUGACUAGGCGACUCGAGGAGCUCCUGAUUGCUGGAACUGUCCUUCCGUGUAGUACAGAGUAA